AUGGCCACACGUCCUACCCACUCGCACACCGGCAAGCUCCUCCCCGCCAUCCUGAUGCUUCACGGCGGCGGAUCCAACAGCACAGUCUUCAAAAUCCAGUCGCGGCGGCUGAUCUGGAACCUGGAGAAGCAGUUUCGGUUCGUGUUCGCGCAGGCACCGAUCGAAGGCACGGCGGGGUUCGGCAUGCUGCCCGUGUUCGCAUCCUGUGCGCCCUUUUACCGCUGGGUGACCCGGCGGUUCAAAGCGGGCGAAAGCGACGUGGAGGCGACGCCGCUUGCGGAGGUCGAGGCGCUGGACCGCGUCAUCUUGGACGCCAUGGAAGCCAACGGCGGCGUCGACGGAUUCGCGGGCAUCAUAGGCUUCUCGCAGGGCGCCCGUCUCGUGCCCGGCUUGCUCCUGCGCCAGAAGAUCCAGGAGCGGGAUUUCGGAGAAAGUCGUUGGAAGUUCAAGUUCGGCGUCAUGAUCGGGGGCCCGUCCCCGCCCAUCUCUCUCGCCGAAAAAGUCGACGUGAACGACUACGACCUCCUCAGACACGUCCCCACCGUGCACGCAUGGGGCAGGGACGACCACGUGAAGCCCGGCUGCGUCGAGAUGAUGAAAAUGUGCGAGAGCGACAACUGCUUCCAGAUGGAUUUUGCGGGCGGCCAUCAUCUGCCCCUGACGGAUGUCGAGGCCAAGGAUCUGUGCGAUCUGGUCAUGGCCGCGUGGUAUGCCGCUGGAGGCACAUAUGGGAUCAGCGCUGACGAGACCUACUGA